ACAAAAAAACUGAUUGACAAUUAGUUUUGUUAGUGUUAGGAACUUAAGUGGAGAUGGAUAGGCCUCAAGAGAAUGAUCACUAUUUGGGUGUGAAUAAGAUCGGGAAGAACAUCAGAAAGAGUCCUCUCCACCAACCCCAACCAAGUUGCGCUGCGCAUGCUAACUUAGCCGCUGCGGAUGCUGCUGCGAGGCCUCAAGCGCAGCCUCAGGUUUACAACAUUAACAGGAACGACUUCAGGAGUAUUGUUCAGCAGCUAACUGGCUCUCCAUCGCCUGAGAGCCUCCAUCGGCCGCUGCCUCCUCAGAACAACAACUCGCCAAAGCCUCAGAAUACUCGUUUGCAGAGGAUUAGACCACCACCGUUGACGCAGAUAAACAGGCCUGCGAUGGCUUCUCUACAACAACAUCAUCCUCACUGCUUAAUCAGACCUCCUCCACCCCAAGGGCGUAUGCCACAAGGCAUACAACAACAACAACAACAACCAAUGAUGGGUCACGGGGAUCAGUUUUGGUCUAAUACAGCUGAGUCUCCCGUCUCAGAGUAUAUGCGUUAUCUUCAAAGUCCAUUUGGCGAUGCAGGUCCUAGUGGUAACCAAAUGCAGCCAGGUCACGGACAUCGGCCUUAUAUGUCAGCUCAGCCUCAGUCUCAACCUCAACCAUAUAUGCCAGGUCAUGAACAUCGGCCAUAUAUGCCGGCUCAACCUCAGCCGUAUAUGCCAGGUCACGAACAUGGGCCUUAUAUGCCGGCUCAGUCUCAACCUCAGCCAUAUAUGCCAGCUCAGCCUCAGCUUCAACCUCAGCCAGAGCCAUAUAUGAUGUCUGGAUCGCAACCUCAAAUGAAUAUGCAAGGGUGUCAGUAUCCACCACCACCACCGGGGUUAUUUCCUAGCCCAGUGCCUCCUAAUCUUCCUCUCCCUCAGUUCAACGAUCCUGUACCUGUGACACCCUCUCUGCCCUCUCCAAGUUUCAACCAGAUGUACGGUGGUUUGCCUUCUCCUCAGUAUAACGGUUUCGGGUUCGGACAACCGCACUCACCUACAUCUCAGUCUGCUCUACCAUCUCUUCCUACCAGUUAUCCAAACAUGUUGUCUCCUAGAUCACCAGGAGUUCAGUAUCCUCAACCACUCACGCCAAACUUCUCGUUUUCACAACUAGAUCAAUCGGGAAGUCUUGGACCCGGUGCAGGUUCAGGUCCUCCUCAGCCGCCUCCACCUCCACCAGGACUCUUCCCAGUCCCAAGUCCAAGAUGGGGUGAUUACUAGGUUGUGCUCUCUUCACUAGGUUUGAAACUCAAAAUGGUGCCUUUUAUACAUUUUUUUCCCUUUGUUUUGGGGGUUUAAAAGCUUGAAUUGGGAA